AUGAGCAAGCCGAAGAAGAACACUGCCGAGGCCCCGGAGCUGCGCUGCAACGGCACCCACCACGACUUUCGCUGGGGCGGCAUGGUCUGCACCCAGACAGUCGGGCCGUCCCAUUUCGAGACGCGCCAUAACUGCCACUGGGUCAACGGCACUGUCUGUUCAAAGGACGAAAAGGCGUGGGUGGCCACACUGUGCAUCGCCGAGAUGACGUACCUGCCCGAGUUCAUGUUCGCGUGCAGUCACGGCGUGGCGCGCUGGUCGGCGACGAUUGACUACCCGGACAUCAAGAACGAAUGUACCCCUGGUCGGCAUCGCCCGAGCAAUAUGAGAAACUCAACACAAUUCAGGACGUGUAGGGAUGGAUAG